UCCAUGUGCUAUAUGCAAAUCGAAAUAGAUGUACACGGACCGCACAUCUGUUAGGACGUGAGAAUUUUAUUUUGAAAUUCCAAAAAUAUAAACAAACGGUGACAAACGCAAGAGGCGAUUUUCAUUAAAUAAUUCCCUACAGCAGCAGCAGUGAGGAACCACUAUUUCAACUGUAACUGAAAAAUAGUGUGCAUAUUGAAAAACAUUAGACAAAAUAAAUUAACAAAAAGUUAUUGGAAAUAGUGAAACUGUAAAGUAAUUUUAUAUAGAACUGUAAAGUUGAACAACAACAACAGCAAAUAAAGGAAAGACAAUUUUUUACUUCAAUUAUUUUGUGAGCACCGUAAUUGCCAUCUGUACUGAAUAAGCACAACACGAACUCAUACUUUUAACUACCGUAUCAAUAAAAUAAAAGAUCAACACACACACUCACAUGCACAGUGUUUUUUAUUUUCAAUUAUCAAUUCAACGUUGCAAGUCACUAAAGUGUUGUUAAACAAUAGCGCAGAUAAGCACGCAUAAAGAAAGACUAAAACAAACAAAAACUAAAUUAUAAAAUAAAUUUAUAACACGCAUACAUAUACUAUAUACGCGCCAACAUCGGGUUAAACUUCUCUUAAUAUGGGCCCAACACGGAUACUGACCAAAGAUGGCGGUUUUGGCACACAAAUGACGGUGCAUGUUGGCAACGCCGUUGAUGGCGAUCCGCUAUGGAGCGCUAGAUUUAACGCUACGAAUCCAGCGGCUGUUAUCAAUACACAUUUAGAUUUUUUGCAAAAUGGUGCCGAUAUCAUACUGACUAACACUUACCAGUGCAGUGUUGAAGGUUAUGUUGAGUACUUGGACUUGGAUGUUGAGCAAAGCAUUGAGUUGAUGAAGAAAACAGUGCGUUUAGCGCAUAUUGCUAAAGACAAAUACUUGGCGGAAUGUUGCGAAGCGAAAGUGCACGUACCCGAUGGUUUCCCUCUCAUAUUGGCUUCAAUCGGCCCAUAUGGCGCCCAUUUGCAUGACGGCUCGGAAUACACUGGCGAUUAUGUAGACCAUAUUACGCUGAAAGAGAUUACCGAUUGGCAUCGUACACGUAUUGAUGCUUGUUUAGCAGCUGGCGUUGAUGCGUUAGCCAUCGAGACAAUCCCCUGUCAGGCUGAAGCGGAAGCGUUAGUAGAAAUGUUGUGUGAUGAUUAUCCAGAUGUUAAAUAUUGGAUAGCUUAUCAAUGUAAGGAUGAAAACACUUUAGCGCAUGGGGAAAACUUUGCAGAUGUAGCACGCUCGUUGUGGGAACUAUUAGGAGAACGCAACGCACGAAGUAAAUGCUUGGCAAUAGGUGUUAAUUGCGUGCAUCCCGGAUUUGUUACACCAUUGUUCAAAAGUUUAAACGGUAACACACCUGAUGCCGAGAAGAUUCCACUGGUUGUGUAUCCGAACAGCGGAGAAGUUUACGAUGUAUCGAAGGGUUGGCAAGGGCGCGAACAUUGCGUACCACUGGCAAGCUACGUGCCUGAAUGGUCUAAACUGGGUGCGAAAAUCAUCGGUGGCUGCUGUCGUUCAUAUGCCAGAGACAUUCGUCUAAUUUCAGAAAGUGUAGAAGCACAAAAUAAAUUAACCAGAUUAAUUUAGUCCAUACAAAGAACGUUGAUCUUAUAAUAGUUAAAUUAU